UCAAGAAGAAGGGACCCCAGAGGGCGGGCUGGCAGUGAUGGAGGCGGUCCCGAGGUUUGGGCAUGGCUGGAUCCAGAAGUGAGUCAGGUUGCCCUGAAGUGGAGGUCGCCCCCAAGUCGGCAAGGGUGUGUGUGUUGAGUAGGUGUACCAGCCAAUGCAUCAGCUGUAUCACAAGGAACAAGUCCAACUUGUUUUAAGGAGAAGAUAUUUGACGGAAAAGUCUGCAAGCUCAUUCCCUGGAGGAGGCUGUGGGUUUUGCAUCUGGCUGAAGAGAUCCAAUCUUCCAUAGAGAAGAAGAUAUAUAGUAUGCUGGCUAUGGAAAUAUGAAGUUGAAGUCCGAUACAGUGGCUGAAUUUUCAUGAUUUAAGCAGCCAACAACUUAAUAUCCUCCCACGAUGGCAGAAGCUCACCAGGCUGUGGCAUUUCAGUUCACUGUCUCUCCAGAGGGUAUUGACCUUCAGUUGAGCCAUGCAGCUAUCAAGGAGAUUUACCUUUCAGGCCUGCGUUCCUGGAAAAAGAAAUUCAACCAACUACGGAAUGGUUUUGUGACAGGUGUGUAUCCCGCCAGCCCCUCCAGUUGGUUUUUCAUGGUUACAGCUAUCCUAGUAACCCAGUUCUCUCGUCUUGACCCCUCCAUGGGCAUGAUUGACAAAAUAAAGGAACAUCUGCCAGUCAGCGAUUAUCUGUCAGAUCAGGGCCUGAAUGUCCUCAGUGUCCUGGCCUUUUCCACAGCACUAUGGCUGGCUCUCAUUAUGACCAUGCGUAGCAUUCUUAAGAUGCUGCUAUGCUAUCAUGGAUGGAUAUAUGAGGAGCAUGGUCGGGUAUCCAACAUCACAAAGAUCUGGUUGGCUUUGGUGAAAAUCUUCUCUGGUCGUAAACCCAUGUUGUAUAGCUAUCAGGCGUCACUGCCUCGUCUGCCUGUUCCAGCUAUUGCGGAUACAAUGAGGAAGUAUCUGGAAUCCAUACGACCGCUGAUGAAUGAUACAGAGUUCUAUCGAAUGACAGGUCUUGUCCGUGACUUUGAACGGACCCUUGGACCACAACUGCAGUGGUAUCUCACACUGAAAUCUUGGUGGGCAUCCAACUAUGUAAGUGAUUGGUGGGAAGAGUAUGUGUAUCUCCGUGGGAGGAGCCCCUUGAUGGUAAAUAGCAACUAUUAUGCCAUGGAUUUCCUUUAUGUCAUACCUACUCCAGUCCAAUCUGCUCGUGCUGGGAAUCUUGUUUAUGCCAUGCUGCUGUACCGACGCAAACUCAUCCGAGAGGAAAUCAAACCAAUGCUGCUUCAAGGUUGCCUGCCAACGUGCUCAGCUCAGUUUGAACGCAUAUUUAAUACAACUCGUGUGCCUGAUCUGGAGGGAGAUAAGAUCCAACAUCUACAAGACAGUGAUCACAUUGCAGUAUACCAUGCAGGACGCUUAUUCCGGGUAUCGUUGUAUUACAAGGGGAAGCUGCUGGAGCCCUGUGAACUUCAGGCACAGUUUGAAGCUAUUCUUGAGGACCCUACACCCCCUCUGCCUGGGGAGGAGAAAUUGCCUUCAAUGACUGCAGGUGAAAGAGAUGCCUGGGCCCGGGCCCGCCAGACCUACUUCGAUUCUGGGAUUAACAAGCAGUCCUUGAGUAUCAUUGAGAAAGCUGCUUUCUUUGUCACUCUUGACACAAGUGAACAGGGCCUGCGAGGGGACAAUCCAGGUCAGGCUUUGGAUGUCUACGCAAAAUCCUUGCUACACGGGCACUGCUGUGACAGGUGGUUUGACAAAUCUUUCAACUUGAUUGUUUACCGCAACGGGAAAACCGGAAUCAAUGCAGAACACUCAUGGGCUGAUGCACCUAUUAUUGGACAUCUUUGGGAGUACACACUUGCCACAGAUGUAUUCCUGCUGGGAUAUGAUGAAGAUGGGAACUGCAAAGGCAAGAUGGACCCCAGCAUCCCUCCACCCCAAAAACUGGAGUGGGAAAUAUCACCAGAGUGCCAACAGGUGAUUUUACAGUCCUUUAUUGUGGCCCACGCUUUGGCCAGUGACGUUGAUUUUCACGUCUUUACCUUUAAGGACUUUGGCAAAUGCGUCAUCAAGAAAUGUCGCACUAGUCCGGAUGCUUUCAUCCAGCUUGCCCUUCAACUAGCACAUUUUCGGGACAUGAACAAGUUCUGCCUUACUUAUGAAGCAUCUAUGACUCGUCUUUUUCGGGAAGGCAGAACAGAAACAGUUCGUUCCUGCAGUAUUGAAUCUUGCAACUUUGUGAAGGCAAUGAUGGAUCCUACUCAAAGUGAUAGUUCAAGGUUACGUCUCUUCCGAGUGGCAGCUGAGAAACACCAGAAUCUUUAUCGGCAAGCCAUGAUAGGUGAUGGCAUCGAUAGACACCUUUUCUGCCUCUAUGUUGUCUCUAAAUACCUUGGCCUGGAUUCUCCUUUUCUACGUGAGGUAUUAUCUGAACCAUGGAGACUCUCCACUAGUCAGACUCCCAUUCAGCAGAUAGAGCUAUUUGACCUCCAGAAUAAUCCUGACUAUAUUUCUUGUGGUGGUGGAUUUGGACCGGUUGAUGACAAUGGAUAUGGAGUAUCUUACAUCAUUGUCGGUGAAGAUCUCAUCAAUUUCCACGUGUCAUGCAAAUUCUCCGGCCAAGGGACAGAUUCACACCGUUUUGGGUUUAAUAUCCGGAAAGCCAUGAAUGACAUCUUGAAUCUUUUCCAAGAGAACAAAAUGGCCCAUGCCACAGCUGGCAAGUGACUGAAUAAAUGCCAGCAAUAUUGUACAGUUAGUUAUCAACGACACAUGUUGAGUGUGUUUUUUUGUUCGCUAAUCAGCAGGGAUUUUUUGGAAAGCGGGGGAGGGGAAGCCCAAGGGCCAGUCCCGAAGGUGUCUGCAAGCACAGUGGAAUUCACCUUUGGAUUUAGAGGCCUGAAUUCUACUGUAUAUCAAAUCCCACAGAUCUUUAGGCAAAUAAGAGUUCUUAUCCACCCGUCCCACAUUUCUCUAUUUCCUAAAGAUCUGAUGGGGAAGAUUGCUAACUAAGGCUUGUUUGUGGAUGAAGAAGCCAUCCGUUGCUGGAUUCGAAUGGAAAAGUUGGGAGCUUAGCUGAUUGUGGCUUCUGCUCCAAGCUUCCACAUGGAUUUUCUGAAGCUGUUUCUCCUCAUCCAUUUGCAACCAGCUGCUAAGAAUCUCUUCUCCCUGUGCUCCAGCCACUUUAAGACCAGUGGUUGAUUGCCUGACUAUUCUGUACUUCAUACAUGAAGGACUCAGUCCCUGUGGCUGUGAUUAUACUAUUCCUAUAUAAAGUGCUUCAAAUAGGUUGAUGGUAGGUGAUAUUUUUGAGAACUGAGUUCCUCAUUCUCACCCUUUAAUUCCUGAGGUAAUAGGAAGUCACUAUAAAUUCAUUGUAGGGGAAAGGAAUCUUAAUGUAAGCCAAUCAGUUGGUCUAUCUCUUAGCAUUAUAAAUGUUAAUAAAACUCCAGAAUGGGAGUUCUUGCCAAAAAUGUUUGGUUUUGGUCAACUGAAGGGUUAGAAAGCAAUAAGGAGCAUGUUUAAAAUCCAAGAGGUUUUGAAGAAAGCCCUCCAUUGCAGAAGUGCUUAAUACUGCCUCUUUUAAAUGUCCUUUUAUCAGACAAGCCAGACUUCUCCCUUCCAGAGACCUUUAGUUUAGGUUACCAUCCUUUUGCAAAACUUCUGUCAUUUGAAGACCUUUUUUUUUUAAAUAUAAGGGCUGACCUGUGGAACAUACAAGAAAGAACAUUAGGGAAACUAUGUGAAAAAUGGGGCACGCCCAGACUGCAGUUAGAAAAGUAGACAGUGUUAUGACCACAUAUUCAGAUUUUCUAUUUUCAUGCAACUUCCAAAAAAGCUUUUGCACUUCGUUGUCUUCUAAGAGUUGAUAGCAAGAUGGGGAAGUUUUUCAGCUCCUUAUUGUGUUGAAUGCAAACUUAUUAGAUUGGGACAAUGCUUGACAUUUGAAUGGCAUGCUGCAGGACAUACUGGUUUAAGGUGGGUGGUCUUACAGCAGGGCUCCUGUUUGUGCAUGAGCCUCCAAGGCUGUUCCAGAUCCUGCUUCCAUUGAUCAGGGCAACUGGAUGUUGGAAAAGGGAGAGAAAAGGAAGGCCUACAGAGCUCAUUAACCCAUUGGGGCAUCAAGCCAAACAUACAGUAUGUGCAAUACUGGUAAUCAUGACACUGUAGGUCACCAAACAAACAAGUUCAGUUGAUUAGAUCUAAGGGAGCAAAAUACCACAGGGAAAAGCACCCUGCAUUCUCCCAGGGCUGCCUCCACAGGACUCUACUGCCUCCUGAUGGCUUGCAUGCAUUGGGUCACAAGGCAUGGUCAGGCCUGUGACUGUAGCAAGUGAUGGGAACAGCAAAGUCAAAGAAAAAAAAUACUAAGGGAUAGAUUUGGAUCUAAUGACUCAGAUCACUUUCUAGAGUGGUAAUGCUUGAGGCAGAGAGCUAUUGGCUCCUGACAGUCCUUACAAGGGAAACAUCAGCUCCCCUCCCACCACCGGUCACCUGAGUUUAGUAGGUAAUGUGUAAAAAAAAGAUAGUAACCAAGGAGAAUCUAAAGCAAGUGUUUACCCAUAUAUGUAAAGCCCAGUCCUGAAAAUUCAAAGGUUGUGCUAUGAAUUACAUACUAUAGAGACUGAGCAGGAAGCUCUUUAGAAUAUAAUAGCAAUAGCAGAUUUAUAUACCACCACACAGUAGUACAGCCCUCUCUAAGUGGUUUACAGAGUUUGCAUAUUGCUCCCAGCAAUCUGGGCUCAUUUUACUGACCUCAGAAAGAUGGAAGGCUGAGUUAA